AUGGAUUUUGCUUCCACGGCUGUAGUAGUAUUAAGUUCAGUGUUGGUUUUAGCUGUAGUUGUGGCUAGACACCGUGCCAGAAGAUUGCGUGGCAAGAACAAGAUAUGCCAUCCUGUUGCCGGAACGGUGGUGCACCAACUUAUCAACUUCUCUAGGCUGCACCAUUACAUGACUGAGCUUGCAUGCAAGUACAAAACUUACCGGAUGCUCGACUUGUUCAAAGGAGCGGUUUACACAGCAGAUCCUGCAAAUGUGGAAUAUGUGCUCAAAACAAACUUCACUAAUUAUGGCAAGGGGUCGUAUAUGUACAGCGUUUUGUCAGAUGGACUAGGCAAUGGGAUCUUUGGAGUGGACGGGCAAAAGUGGAGGCAUCAGAGGAAGGUGAUGAGCGCUGAAUUCUCAACAAAAGUAGUGAGAGACUUCAGUAGUGCAGUUUUCAAAACCAAUGCAGUUAAACUUGCUGGCAUCAUUUAUGAAGCUUCAAUCUGCAACCAAGCAAUAGAGAUCCAAGAUUUGUUUAUGAAAGCAACCUUGGAUUCAAUCAUCAAGAUACUACUUGAUAUCGAACUAGACAGCAUGAGUGGAAAAGAUGAACAAGGUAACCGGUUUUCCCAUGCUUUUGAAUCUGGACAAGAAGCUACCCUCUAUCGGUAUAUUGAUAUCUCCUGGAAAAUAAAACGCUUCUUGAACAUCGGUAAGGAAGCAGAGCUAAAGAAAAACAUCAAAGAGGUCGAUCAAUUUGUGUAUAAAUUAAUCAAUAGCAAGAUUGAAACUAUGCAGAAUCAAGAAGAUAAUCUAUCUCUGAAGAAAAGAGACUUGGUUUCAAGGCGUUUGGAAAUGAAAGAUACUGAUCCAAAGUACCUGAGAGACAUGGUCCUUUGUGUUACUGUUGCCGGCCAAGACACGACAGCUAGCUCUCUUUCAUGGUUUGUUUACAUGAUGUGCAAGCAUCUUCACAUACAGGAGAAGAUUGCAAAAGAAGUUAGAGAAGUAACAAAUUUGAAAGAUAAUUUAAGAGUUGAUGAGCUUGCAGCAAUCCUUACUGAUGAAGCCCUAAACAAAAUGCAAUAUCUCCAUGCGGCUUUGACAGAAACAUUAAGACUCUAUCCUGCAGUUCCAAUGAACAUGAGGAUGUGUUUUUCUGAUGAUACCUGGCCAGAUGGAUUUAGUGUCAAAAAUGGGGACAUGGUGGUAUACCAACCGUAUGCAAUGGGAAGGAUGAAAUCUCUAUGGGGUGAUGAUGCAGAAGAGUUUCGGCCAGAGAGAUGGCUCGACGAAAAUGGCCUUUUCCAUGAUGAAAGUCCUUUCAAAUUCAUAGCCUUCAGUGCCGGUCCAAGAAUUUGUCUAGGAAAGGAACAUGCCUAUACGCAGAUGAAAAUAUUUUCUGCUAUGCUUUUAGGCAGCUAUAUAUUCAAGCUAGCUGAUGAGAAAAAUAUUGUCAAUUACAAGACCAUGAUCACCCUACCAAUUGAUGGAGGUCUCUAUGUGACUGCCUCCCCGAGAAUAUGGCAUGCAAGACCUUAA